CUCACAAUUUCUCUCUCAUCAGUCUCAUGGAGGAGGUGAUGCUGAUGAGCAAGAAACAAACUUGGGGAGCAAGAACUCCCAGCCUUUGCUCGAAUGCUUUGGCCAUUCACAGUGACUCACAAACGAUAUCAAAACCCAAACCAAAAAUCAGAAUUAUCCACAUAUUUGCGCCCGAGAUCAUCAAGACCGACGUGGCCAAUUUCCGGGAGCUAGUCCAGAGACUCACCGGAAAGCCAUCGGAAAACGACGGCUGGACCAACAAGAAGAAGAGAGUGAAAGGAGGAGUUCCGAGCAGAGGGUUGGAAGCUCAUCAGAAAAGUAGUACUACAUUCAUGGCCGAGGUGAAGAAGAUGGAGCUGGGGAGAAGUAACGGAGGCGGCGGUGCUGGGUUCCGGGGGUUGGAGCAGUUUCCGAGAUCGGAGAGAGUGAUCAAGGAAGAGGAGAUGAUGUGGAAUGCGGAGAACUCAGGUGGGUUUCUGGAGAGGUUUGCAGAUUUGGAAGGGUUCAUACAAGAGCUUGGUGAAUUUCCUCUGCUACCCAAUUUGGAGUCUGCUUCAAAUUCUCACUUGCUGCAUGGUUUUGAAGGCACCCAACUUGAGUAGCUAGCUAGUAGUACCAGUAAUUCAUCAGAAGAAGAAAGAAUGUAAUGAAUCUUGAAGUCGGAUUGUGGUUAAUCUCUUGGGUUUUAAAUUUGCUAUGUAAAUACAAGGGUUUAAAGUUGAGCGCGCAUAUGCUUUUGGGUAUUUUCUGGGGUUUGGCAGAGAAGCAGAGAGAUAUUGCAGUUGGCAAUCUCCAUUUGGAAGUAAACAAGAAGCAAAAGUGGGUCAUCAUAUUUCAUUUUCAUCAUCCUUUUGCAGUUUUGAAGUGAAUAGUGCUGAACCAGGGACUUGUUUCUUUGUUUCUUGGAUGAUAGCCUUCACCCUGCUUUUUGUUUUGUCUCUAGUUAAAAGGUCUCUCUCACUUUCUCUAGCUAUGUCUGUCACAGAGCCAUUGGAGAACCACUUUUGCACAACAUCGAGCAAUUGGGACCUGCAAAACAGUAGCGAUGGCUUCCCCUGCAAAUUUGAUGCAAGUUUCUUUUUUUUUUCAUUUGUUUUGAUUUAUAAGUACACAAGGCUGUCUGUUCUCAUUUUUAUUAUCGUGUUGGCAUGAAAAAUCAGAUGCACGACUCCAAAUUCAGGAGCUACUGUUGAGAAACUUCCAUGAUUUGUUCUUGUAUUGAACACAAUAUUGCAAUACACACUUGCUUAUCAGAAGAA